UUAUAUUUGCACGCGAUAUUUUUUAUUCUCAAAUAGGAGAUGUUCGUGAAUAAUGUAGAGUUCCAUUCAAAUCAAUUUAGCUAGGAAAUUGAAGAAUAUAUAUCAGAAUUGAGUCUAUUAAGAAAUUGAAACAUAAGGAAUGGCUGCAUCGCGACGUGUCGCAUGACAUCAUAUGCUGUUGAUUAUUGUGCGCUCAAUUACAUCGAUUUAGUUUUCCUCUCACGACUUAUCGUUUCGCAGGGAUGACCGAACCGCACGGUCAUUUGGGCUUAGCGAACCUACGAACCCGAGCUUAUUACACAAUGCGGACACUCACAUAUAACACACACACACACACACACACACAUAUACAUACACUUAUCUACGUUUUGUCAGUAGUGCUCGAGUGAAUACAGUAAAAUGUAAUAAAUUAUUGAAGUGAAAGAAACGAAGAAAAACCAAAAUAAUUGGGAAUGUAAAAGUUAAUUUGUGUUAAGAAAUUCUAUUGUGCGUUAUUAGAAAGUUUACAAGAACUUGAAGGACAAAAUAAAUGCAAAAUAUGUGCGAGUGUAUGAGGAAACAGAUCAAAGAGGAAAAAGGCCUGGGAAGCGUCGGGCGACGGCGGAGCAACCAUUGAAUUGACGUCAUAUCGUAACUCCGCUGCUGCGCUACUGUCUGGUGAGUGCUGCAUUAUUUUAAUUUAAUGUAAUAAAGUAAAAGGAUAUUAUCUUUGGACAAGAAUGUCAUACAUAAAUGUCUAUAAUUUGGGUCCAUUAUUUUAAAAUAGAAAAAUUACUAUAAAUUAGUAAUUAUAAAAAAAAUUAAAAUGAUUAGAUAAACUCGCGAACAUGAUUAAAAGUUGAAAAUAUUUUAUAGAGAAACCCCAAGUUUACUAAAAAUAAAAGUAUACAUAUUGUAUGUUUUCGUAAUUAUAAUUGAACAAGUAAAAGCAGCUUUGCAAUGUGUUUUAUUAUCUAAAGUUGGUUUAAUAUCAAGAACAAACACGCGUAUUUUUUUGUUUUCAUGCCUCGACAAAGCGUUGUACAAGUUGUACAAGAGAGCUGUAUGUAAGUUUCGAAAAGUAAUAAAACGAUCGAUAUCGUCACAAUUAUCUCACGGCCCGCUCUUGCACGUUAAUCUUGCGCGAUAAUUAGCGCACACGUGUCGCAAACGCGCCCAACACGGACUGCAUUUUAAAUAACGGGAUACCGCAAAACGUGACGGGGAUGUCACAGUCGAAAUUUUAAUAACGGUUAAUGACGAUUGCCGGAAGAGAGAGAGAGACACACCGCAGCGCCGGCGCGGCGGGCGGAUUCGCGAAUUAAAGCCUUUGCGUGUAUCAGCGCACGGGCGGGCAAUUUGUCACUUAUCUCAUACAUUUUAUCUAACUGAGGCAUAAAUCUGACGUUGAACCGUCAGGAUAUUCGUACUGCCGCGUUCCUUCAAGUGGUUCACUCGAAAAUUACAGCCGGCAUUCCGUUUUUUACGUAUACGUCCCGCGCCAACGACAUCCUUCUUCGUUCGCCUCUUCUACAUUUCCGUCGUGUCCCCUGCCCGAGCGCGAUUCGCACGCGCGAUUUCGCAAGUUAAUCCCCUAAAAAUGUCACGCGAAACGGUAACGUUAUUCGUUUGUUUUUCCCGUGAAGAAAAACUUUAGCAAUAAAGCGAGAUGCGCGAUAAUUGGACUAUCGGCGCGAUUAACACGGGUAGUUAGCACGUAAUAUAGUGCAAGACGCCGAGCGAGUCGCGAUAAUAUCAUCUCGCGACGCGAAGCGGGAGAUUUAAUGAAGAUACAACAGGUAGGCGGACAAGCGAACGAGAUUAACCGGCGGCGCGUAAUGAAUUUUCGACGACGGUAAACGUAUCCUCCUUCCGUUGCCCGUCUCCUCAAUCAUGUUUCGAAAAUUAACGGUCCGCCACGGGGUGGGGACCGAAGGGCGGAAAAGAGACGGCGGACAAAAGAGAAGAAAAGAUAAGACGAAAUUUGAAAAAAAGGAAGAAGAACUACAACGAGAGCAGGUCGCGUUAACUUGCGCUCCCGACGAUGACAAAUAGCCGCGUCCUCCCAUUGCGAGAGCCGGAGCUAAGGGAAAAAGGACAACCGAGCGGAGGAGAAGAAGAAGAAAAAAGAAGGAGGAGGAGGAGGAUAAGGAGAAGGGACACCUUGGCCGCAGGGUUUCGAUGUGGGACACGAAUUUGCACUCGACGCGGAACGAAAAUAAAAACGCGCUGGUGCGGUGGACUCGUUAUAUUGUGCAUAAAUCUCCAAGAUUACUCGGGAUUUAUGACUGUCUCCUUUCCCAUCGUCCUGCGACCUCUGAACCUCCCGCUUCUUUCCAUCCGCGUCCGCGUCCGCGAACGUAAGUCUUCGUGUCACAGAUGUGUCUCUUUAAGCGACUCGCGACGUCUAUUAAUUUAUAAAGCAUCCGCCAGGCGUUAAUACCGAUAUUAUCGGUCGCGAGUUAUAAGAUCGUAGAUUAGAAGCAACAGAAAAACGCAACGUGGUCAAUCAUAUAAGGCCUUUCAAAUAUUAUCAAAUAUUUUUUUUUUUUUUUUCAAGAUCGCUCGCUUCCCUGCGAUCGUUGUCAUUGCUUUUCUUUAAGUUGCCUACCUUUUUAACUUCCCCCGGCGAUAAUAUAUACGUCUUCGGGCUGCCGCAGUUCUGUUUCGCGCGUCCGCUGAUCGUUCGCCAGGUUUGAUCGGCGCAACCGUGACUGAACGUCACCCAUCAUGGUAGGAGACUCGCGGUGCGCGAACGGUGUUUUACCAACCUGAUAUUUCUCGCGCGGAACCCCACACAAAUUAAGAUACGCCGCGUCGUCGCGGCACGCUCGACGGGCUUGCACCGUUACCUCUCCCGGAGAGAGACCGCCUACCAAAGACACGUUCAGCCGCGGCAAUGAGCGUAAAUCGUGGCCGCGACCGAUAUCGCCCGGGUUUCUUACUCUUUCCCUUUAAUUCGCGCUUCCUUCCUCAGCCUCACGCCCACGUGCAGGGUGACUGUACCAUUGUGUUCGGGCGUGCUUAAAAUUCGGCCGAGCGGAAUGGCAUUCGGGCGUUAUCAGCGCGGCGAGAUUCGCGCGACACUUUGCACGUCUCGCUAAUUCCGGCGAGAGGACCAGACGCGGUAUUUCCCUUCUCGGGAAUAAACGGCGUAACUGUUCGCGCGGUUUUAAUCGGGGUUGCACUUCGCGAAAAAGAAGAGCGACCGAUUACCCAUUAAUUACCUUCCGGGUGGCCGACAGGCGAUUUUUGCCAAUAUUCGCUUUCUCUACCAACGAGAGCGUCGACCAGCGAUCUGCAUAGCCGGUUAAACGAAUGAAAACCGUACCUCUAAUUGCACGCCGGGUGGGCCCAUCCGAUCGUAUACUCUGUUGAAUAUUGACGCUUCUACCUCGUCCCCGUCCCGCCAAUGAAAUCGCUGUCCGUGGAAUUCGAUUUUAUGUCAAUAUUCAUAAGCGCGUGGCCGCGAUCGAAAGACUCGGGGGAGGGAGAGGGAGAUGUUAAAAUGCACAUGAAAUUAUCAGUGGGGUGUUGUACUACGUUGUAAUUAUUCUGAAGUUUUAUUGUAAUAUCGAAAAUCUCGUAAACGACGUGUUGCAAUGACACGUCUUUGAGCGAGUCUGAUUACGGUGUUUUUUGGGGGUAGAUUUUUCUAGUAGGAGGCUCAAAGAAUCUUUCCUUUUAAGAUAAUGCGGAUAAUCAAUUUUCAUUAUUCAUUCAGGAUGUUUUGUAACGUGUGGGCAUAACUUCCAAGAUGAAUUCAGAACACAAAAAUAAUACGAGAAGUUUAUGUUCAUUACCGGUCAAUUCGCCUUACAGUUGUUGAAACAUGAAUAAUUUUAUUAACUGUAAAAGAAAAAAUGAUGUAAAAUAUUUAUCAUUUUUAUUAUACUAGAGUGUUUAUUACCAGGAAAAUUUGAAUUGACUUAUAAUACAUAUUUGAUGACAAACUUUGACAAAAGCAAUUUUUUGUGUCUUGAAUUUUUGAAGUCAUGCCUACAUAUUAUAAAGAGAAUUUAUUUAACAUUAUAACUAAGUUACACUUAUUCGUUGAGGGUAAAAAGAAUAAAACCAUUUAAAAUAUAUGUAAUAAGUGUAACGUAGAUCUUAUAACGAAAUCUUCUCGUUACACUUAUUACGUAUGGCCGCAAUUAGUAUGAAAUCACCGUCGCAUUUUUUAUUAAUGCGCUGGACUGUUUCUUCGUGGACACUGCGAGGAAUUUCGGCAGGUGACUUACGGGCUAUUGCUGCCCCGUAAUAUUAAAGUUCGUUUCGUUUUUUACGCGCGUCGGCAUUUUACGCUUACGCUUUCAGCCCGGAGAGAUCCGUCGGCAUUUAUUCGGCAUAUUAUGCGAGCCGGCGAAGUUGUCAAUAAUUCAGAAUUUUAGAUACGCUCACGCAAAGAUAUGCCUUGUCAUAAAGCGAGCGAAAUCUUUUACAGGUGACACUCUUUUCACGUUUUAAACGAGCGAGAUCCAAAUGAGAUCCAUGUCGCUCAGCAAUAAUCAACGAGACCGGAAUUUUCGAUUGAGAAUCAAGAUUUAAUAUAUUAGUUUGAUUUAGAUAUGAAAGGAUAGAUUAGAUUUAAAAGAUAGAAGAAUCCUCUAGGUAGGAUUUGAUGAGAAUACUCCGUUUCGUUCUAUAAAUCUAAUAAAUUGUUCGUAAAAUCGUGUUCUGCGCAGUCAGUUAUUCGUUGUUCGCCGUUCAAUCCGAUCGCGAUGGUCUUUAAUGAACCGAUUCGAUGAAAACUGGGUUCGACUGCGUGCACCAGUGAACACGUGACGGUCCGUGAAAGACGACACCGCUGAUCGUGAAAAUCGUCACGACUGUCGUGUUUACUCCUUGGCUAGUCGCGCGGUCAAGAAGGUGAUACGAGCCGUGCGAAAGUCGACCUCCUUUCGAGUGUCCUGGAAACAAUAUAUAGCUUUGCAUAUUUCACUUCGACUUGAAAUUUGUCCGAUCGGCGGCCUCUCUUAAGUAUAACGACAGAAUUUUCAAUAUAAUUCUUCAGAACGACAGGUUUAACGUUCGGUGAUUUAACGCUACAUUUGGUUCCGUGUGUUCAACUCGGACGCGGUGCGCGUAACGCGCACCGGAAUAAGGAAGCACUUCCUCUUCCUCGCGCCAACCGGUCGCACCGGCGAACGAUCGUUGCCAGUCGCAAGUAGCAGGAAAGAGAAAGAGGCGGCUGCGUGUGCAAUAGCAGUUAGAUGGUCGUAGAACAAGAGGGACGCGCGACGGGGGAGGACGCGGCUCUUCAUCUCCUCCGCGAAGCGCGCGUGGAAGAGCGAAGGGAAAGAGCGGCGCGAGCGAGAGACGGCGGGACGUCGGAAGAGCGACGAGGAUGCGCUCGCCGCAAGGACGAAGACGGAGCGGCGAAGCGCCAGCGUGCCUCGUGUCGUAGGCUCCGACUUGUAUGCUCGCAGCCACAAACUACCCGACCACCAGGCAGCACGGAUCCACCACGAAACCUUACCUCACGUAGCGGCCUCUCCACGUUGCUCACCCCGCCGCGGGACGCUGCUUCGGAAUACGGUCCCCUUUCGUCCUUGCCGUCCCCUUUGUCGAGACCGAAAUUCGUGGAUUAAAGGACGGAUCUUUCGACGUGAGAGAGAGAGAGAGAGAGAGAGAGAGAGAGAGAAAGAUCCCGGAAGGAUAGAAAAUCUUAACGACAAUUUUUUAAAUUUUGUCUCUCGUGUCGCCGCUGGUACCGUUGGAGUAUGAAGAGGAAAUCUCUAGAGGGUUCGUCUGGAGACGCUGACAUUGAGCUUGCCGUGGCAUUGCGUGACGGAUUGGAUAAAAUAGCAAAUAGAGGAGGUCGAGUAUAGUGGUUCUAUUGGAGAUUACCUUCAUAUUGCCUAAUCGCCGUCACGUUGCCUAUUUCUAGCGAGAGAAGAAAUGUAUGAGCAAAAGGAGAGGCUACGUGUUAAAUUGUCAUAUUAAAUUUUUUCCAACAAGAAAGCAAUAAACGCGAAUUAAUUAAAUUUUCACGGAUUAAGAAUUUUACAAAUUUUACUGCUAUUUAAGAUAUUAAAAUUACACAUCGGUUUGUUUAAAUUUUUAUAAACAAGGACAGAAGAAAAGAAGAAAUAGUGCUUUCCGAAAGCAAGUGGCACCUGCUGUACGUCGCAAUGUCAUUCCGUCUUCGAUAGGAUUUGAUUACAGAUUUGUAGGCGAAUCUUCGAUUAAUCGAACACUACUCUUAAGUGAAGAACGUGUUGUUAUCAUUAUCGGAUAAUUCCUCAUUGAAAAGUGCAAGGUGCUAUCGAUUCUUUAUUUUUCAAUUCCAAAAACUAACAUAAACUUUGAUACAAAUACUUGAAAAUACCGUAAAUUUCGCGAUAUAAAAUGGUUUCUACAAUUUUACGAGUGCGUUGAGAUACCGUUAAUUAACUUGUCGGGCGUUUAAUAAUUAGUCGAAAAACAGUGACGAGGAACAGUGAAUUAAAUUCGAAAGUUAAUCGGCGACGGUGUGCGGCGCAGUUGUUAAAAUGCUGAUUCCGAGGAAAAUCUCCUACAUGCAUUAUCGUUCCUGACGAACGUCAUUCAUGUGCUGCGAUCAUCGAUCAUCUAGUUGCAGUGUCUACGACCACCGAUGAAACUUAUCGCAUGGCCUACUGUAUCCAGCUGAAAUAUAACAGAAUGCUGUGGGGAAGAUGCGUUCUCUAGCCCUCGUUCUCACGAGCUUCAACCUCCUGCAAGUCGUCAUUCGCUGUCAGGAAUUAUCGGUCAUCCGGCACUCCGAUGGAGAUAUUUUUACCAUCGAGGGUUCUUGCACGGAAGCCUGUACGGUGCUUAGCAGCGGCACCGCCAGUCCUUACUCCCGUGGUUCCUCGAGCGCGAGCCUACUUGUCCCGAACAGCUCCUGCACGUGCCAGUGUAACUUCGACUUGCCUAUCUUUCGAGAGGAUCUUCACAUAUGCGUCAACGACAUCCACGAGUGCAACGUUGCUGGAUUUGUCAACAGCAACGGCCACGUGGAGAGGGUUCCGUAUGUCUUUCUGCCACAGCGAGGGCAGAUAAUAUAUCCGCAUGCGGAGAUUCGCUUCGAAGGUGUGACCACUCCUGUAUGCGGGAUCGCCGGUGCCCAGCAAUUGGGGAGGGCGGGAUGGUCCGAACUGAGGAAUCUCUCCGACGCCGAGCCGCCCUUCAGACUCUUCCGAGACGAGGGCAGGACGUUCCUACAGUGGAUCGGCGAGGCUGGGCUGAGAGACGCAGCGGAAGGACGAGUCGUGACAGCGAAGCUUGUCUGUAGAGACGCAUCACCGAAGUCAACAUUCUCCGGCGUUUUCACGCCUUGCGUGGCUUUUAGAGUGGCCGGUUCGCCAUCAAAAAAUAGCGUGCGAGAAGUAAUGUUCUCGUCAACGUCCCAAGUAUCGCAAGGUCUAUCAGCUACGGAAUACACCGCCAUCGGUCUCUCCUCUAUAAUCUUGGCCCUCAUAUACGUGGCAAGCGUAUCGCUAUAUUUGCACAGCAGAAGGACGAAGAGGAAAUCCAUCGAGGAGGCGAACAUCACUCUCGACGGCAGUCGAGACGGCGGCGGAUUAGUGAAGAGUAAUCCGUUGUUGGCGGCCACGAGACACUUCGAGAGCGACACUAAUAGCGGACUCACCGAGAGUGAUUUAGGCGAGGAUCUUCCCGCGAGCGAUAACGAGCAAGGCUUCGAAAAUGUAACGUCCGCGAUCGUUCAUCCGCACUGCGUGUAUCUAGAGCAGUCGGAAGGGCCAUUUCCCGCGGGUGCCAUUCUAGGCGAGAGGCUACCGGAAGAGGAUGUACGAGUCGUGGAGACGGCUGACAAUCCGCAUCAACAAGAUGUACCGGUUCUUCCAGGUGCUCAGCGGAGGAAAUUGUACUUCAAUCCCGCGUACUUCGAUCGACAGCUAUUGCUGGCCCCACCUCCGGCUGCCAUCGAGUUCCUGCUCAAAAUCCGAGAAGUCAUCUCCAUUGCCAAGCACAAGAUGGCUGCAAAGAGAUUUGUUCCUACCCUUACCGGUAUUCCGGAAGAGGAGGGCAAUUCCGAGCGAUGCGAAUCGGCAAAGUCAAGCAAGCAUCAACAGAGAACGACCGCGAGCUCCGUCCAGGGCGGCUCGGUUGCGAAAUCGCGCAGGUCCCAACGGUGUACCGGAUGUCCCGGCUGCAGCGAGUCUCCACGACAGCUUCCCGCUCUGCCCGUACCCGACCUGCCCAGCCACGGUGAGAGCAAGGUACGCGCCUGGUUAGAAGACGUGCGGCCGCCGCAACGUCGCUGGAGGGACGCCGAGGACACGCGCAGGAACUUCCAGGAGAACGCUCGAACAUUUGCCAGAAAUCUGGAGUACCUGAAGGAGUUGGCCAGACGCGAUUUCGCCGAUCCGGACGAUUGUGCGAACCUAGUUGGCAAAUCGGUGUCGUCGUGGAAGGACAAUCCGCCGAUGUUGAGGACCUUCCAGAAUAUCGCCGCUAGGAGCGAGAUUCUGGAAAACGACGAUCGCCACAGCGUAUCCAGGCGGUCGACCAGGUCCAUGUACGAGGGAUCCGAAUAUAAUCGUUACGGCCGCGGCAAGCGAGCGAACGGUAGACCGUUCCAAUUCAACGGCGGCGACGACGCGAUAAACGCGAAAGUCCGCAAGGCCAUCGAGAAUUCCUUCAUCAAGCAGUUGGAGGAGAACGCGGCCAUGGAGAGCGAGACGAAGGAGAACGUAAAAGACGAUAGGAACAGCAAAAGCGAGGACGAGUCAGCGAAGACGGAGAGAUCGUCCAGCAAUACGGACAAAUCGGAGAAGUCGCGAUCUCAGCAGUCACAAAAUAGUCAUCCCGUGACGAAGAGAUCUAAGAAAUCGAAGGCACCAUGCGCGCCGCCUUUGAAGAAGAAGGAACUGCCGGAUAUGAUCAACGAACUACCCGGCGCGAAGAACACUGCGAAGCGAAUUAUGGACGCUGUGAUACGCGAGAUGGUGGAUGUGAAGGCAUUGGACCAUCAUCACGUUAAAUCGUCCGAGCGUACUGUAGCAAACGGCGAUUAUGAGGUGGACAGUUUGGAGCGUUCCAAGUGCAGCCGGAAAUCGUCGACGUCGCCGGAUCAAUCAUCGACGGACAAUCAAUCGAGCCCGGCCUUGUCCACGGCAUUGCCGAUGGAUGAGGAGCUGACGAUGCAAAAUGCCGUGAUCAACACGCGAACCGGCGAGAUGACGAUGUCGAAGCUCAGUAAUCAGAUUCUCGCCGAGAGGAAUUGCUACAAUAGUUUGCCGGAGCUAAUCAGCAGUCAGCGAUCAGAAACGUAUUCGCUGGUGAGCGAGGUCUACGUGAACGACGGUUACGCCAGUCCGGCCUGCAGCGACGACAGCGGUCCGGAGAUUCAAUAUGAACCGGAGAAUCCGGGUCAUUUGACCAUCAAGGUCCAAGACUCCCCGGAGAACUACGUGAAACUCGACGAGUCCGAAUACGAGCCGGAUACGUUGGACCGAAAACCGAUGAAGCUGCGGAUUAACGACGAUGUGCAAUAUGAUCGAAGGGAAAUUGCCAACGAGAUUUAUGUGGAUUCGUUGGAACGACCGGCUCAGAUUCUUCUUAGGAGCAGGGGUAGUUUCCGUGAUGAGAAUUCUACUUUACAACGCAAUGGUGGUAGUCUACGAGAAAUCUACGAGGCGAAGAUCAAGUCAAGCCUGAAGAAUUCACACUUGACGAACGGCCACGACUCCGAAUGUCAAAUGAACGGCGAGUCCGACGGCUCUCACUCGUGGAAGAAAUGCAGAUACCUGACGCCAGACAGCAGACAAGCGAAGAGACAACGACAGCCGCACAAUCAGCCGGACGUGGUGCCGUUGCCGCCCGCGGGGGAGGAGAUCUACCAGCGGCCGAAGCCACCGCGACGCGUCGAGGAUGCAAAACUGCCGCCGUUAUCUCCGUCAAAAAACGCUUGGGACGGGAGUUCUGUCGGAGCGGGUAACCCUACGGCCAGCAACGGCGCUCCUGUCCCGAAAACUGACGGAUAUCAUGUAGGGGACCAGACCUGCCUUUGCGCAUCGCAGACUCAAGUCGACAUCGCCAAGUACGAGGAACAUUGCGACGACAUCAUUCCCUUAACGGAAACGACGUUCUUCAAUGAAAGAAUAGGCGAAUGUAUGGUGACGAACGGCUGCAGGGACUGCCCGUGCGAGACACGGAUCGAAAUUGAAGUUCCUGAGAACAGGUACAGAUUCUAUGGGCAUGUAGGUUCCUCUAAGGAGGAAGUCUCGGUACGAGGAACGAAGAUGACGCGAGACAAACGGUCUAUCACGGGCUCCUCUCAUCACCGGAGUUCUACGAGAAGUUCAAGGACGCGAUCGUGGAGCGUCGAUUAUCAUCGGGAGGACGAAGACAAGCUUCUCAACAACAGCAGGGCGCAGAACUGCUCCAGAACAAAACAGCUGAUGAAAGGUCUCUCGAAGAGCUGCGAUUCCAGCUCGAACGUACUGCCGUUGGUAGGUAAUAGACGUGGUCAUAUCAAGAUCGAGGACAGCGGCUACCUCAGCAGCACCGACAGCAAUGGCUCGCACAAGCGAUUGCUAAGACACGAGGUGAGCAGCGUGUCCGAGACUGACGAGACCGAAUCGGUGUGCGACGGCGCCAGCGAGAGCGGGGCCGAGAGCGUCGGCACCGACAGCGUGUUUUUCGGCAAUUUUCGCAAACUAUCAGAAAUCUCUAAGAGCGCCGAUUCGGGCGUAGAUGUAGAAAUGAAGAAUCCGUCAUAUUACCAGCCAUUAUUUGGCGCAAAGAUCGAGACCGCGGUGACUCUGGAAAGAACGAAUUUCAGCACGAGUGACAGUGAAACUGAGAGUCUCGUCACCGUAUUACCUCCUUGUAAUGGUCAAUGCAAGAAGUUGGUAUCGUAAGCUCUGUCAAAGUAUUCAAAUAUAGAAACAGAAGACGAUUCUCUCAGGGAUCUUCCGGUAAGAUCUGUACGAUAAGAACAACGGUUAUAAUAUCUUAGUACCAAUAUUUUGGUUUCUAUUUCAAUCGAGUAAGACAGUAAGUAAAGACUUUCAUAUAUCUUUAAAAUUAUAAUCUAAUAAUAUAUAUCUUUUACAAUAGAAUAUUCACAAAAUAAAUAAAAAUUUUUUCUAGGAGUAAUGACGGCACACAAAGAUAAAAUUAAUUAUUUAAUUUUUACUAUGAAUUAAUUUUUUUACUAUGAAUAAUUUUAAGAUUGUUAAGAACAUUUAAUAUCGUGAUAUAAAUCAUUUAUCGUAAAUAUAAAUCUUCUAUAUAUAGAAUUGUUAAAUCGCAAAAAAAACUUCUCAUUAAAAUUAUUUCUGCUUUUUAUUUAUUUUCUGUCGGUGUUAGAUUUAUAUUGUAGCAAUAUUAGAAUGUAAUGUAAUACUACUUUUAGUGUAAAUAGGAAUCAAAAAACGACUUGCCAUCGUAUUAAAUAGGGUAUCGAGUAUAGAGUUUAAUAUUGACGAUAAGAACGACGAUAGAGUAUAUUUCUCCUAUUACAUUUUCGAGAAUAAACUUUGAAAGAUUUAAAUUUACAAAAAAUUAAAUUAAGAAUUUUAAUAAAUCGAAAUGUCAGAUAAAUUUUAUAUCUUUGAAAAGAAGUUUUACGGCCAGUACAGAAAGGAGUUUUAUAAUUUACAAAUUUAUUAUUAAACAAGAUAGCAUGAUCAUAAUAGUUAUAUAAAUAUUACACACACAAAGCGCGCCAGGCGUGUUUAAAAGUUCGUUAAGCGGGUAAACAAUCUUCACACUAUAAAAGUAACAAUUGAAAGACUUCCGUGCACUAAAUACUUUUUUAUAUUAACAUAUUUUUAAGCUAAAUUAUACGCGGAAGUCCAAAAUUUAUAUUUAUGAGAAAACAUAUUUAGAUUAUUAUUUUAAAAAAUGACUACUUCUCAGUAUCAGUUUGAGAAUAAUUUAAAGAAAGAUGUAGAUCUUUCUAAAAGAGAAAUGUUUAUAUACAUUACUCAUAUUCAUAAAAUGAUUUUUCACAAAUGAUAUAUAAAUGUUAUGUAUUUAUUUAUAUUUAUUACUUUCUUAUUAAUUAAUAUACUAGAUAAGACAUGUGGAAUAAUUCCAUGAAGAACGUGAUAAUGUUUUUAUUGUAGGUAACGCUUAUUUAUGGAUUUUUCUUGAUUGACUACAAUAGUGCGAUCAAAAUUAUCGUAGCUGCAAUCGAAACGAUAUGUUAUACGCAUAUAAUCGGCCGGAAGUGCAAUAUUAGUCCGUAAUAAAAAAUACACGCACAGAUCAUAAAUUAAGCAAAUAGGAAGCACGAUAUAUUUUGCAUUAGAAUAGAGUUGUUAUUAUGAUAAUGAAUACUCAUAAAAUACGUAAAGCUUGUUUACACAGCAAUAAUGUUAACGCGAUAGAAAAAUAAUUAAUUAUUAAGACAUUAUUUUUUAUUAUGAAUGAUUUUAAAUAUCAUUUUCCACAUGUGCGUUUUUAAACCACCAUUUUAAAACAGUUAUUUAUAAAUGUACAAAAUAAUUUGUACAUACAUAAGUCGAGAGUAAUGAUAUCUUGCCAAAAAGGUAUUAAUAUCUUAUAUAUUUUUCUGAUAUUAUUAUAGAUGCUAUGGUAUUUAUAUGUUCCUUUUCUUAUUUCCUUGUAUUUCCAAUCAUUAAAAAUUGUUCUAGAAUUCUAGAUAAUUACUGCAGUUGUUACGAAAUAGUUGCGAGUACGACUGAGACACUUUUGCCGUCUCUCAUGAAUAGUCAAUUGAUAUACAGGAACAAAACAAUGUGUAAUGUAAUAUAUGAAAAUUGUAUGUAUCACGCAAUUUAUGAACUUAUCUUUAUAAUUUUAUUUCAUAAGAAUUCUUGUAUUUCAGGUUUAUAUAUCGUUUAUAUUUCAAUGAUUUUUGCAUAGAAUCGAAAUAAUAUAUUUUUUCAUGUUAUAUAUUAUUAUUUUGUUUGAAAGUUUUAUAUUUUUAAUAUUUAAUAAUUAUUUUAAAUUAAUAUAUUUCUAUCUACUUUUUAAAAUUGUUGUAACAUUAGAAGCGCACGCUUCCAUGUACCUGCCAAAUGUAAAUAUUCGAUAGAUCUUAAUAUAUACUGUUAAUUCACGUAUGCUAUUCAUUAUUUUGCGAUAUUUUGUUAUAUAUAUAAUAUACAUAUAUUUUAUGAAAUGUUUUAAUUGAAGUUAUAUCAUACAUGAAUAUACAUAUGCCGUUAUGAUCAUAAAUCUUUUCGCGAGCACAUGAACAAGAAAAAUAUGUAAUAUAUUUGUUAAUUCUUUUUUAUUUAAUAGUAUUAGAUUUGCAUCAAUUCAUCGUGUAACAAUGAUUUAAAUGUAACGAAAACGACAGUUAAGAUUCUAAUUUUUAUCGUUUAAGAAAAAUGACUUUGAAUUUAUUGAAAUUUUAUUAAAAUAUUAAUAAUUUUGUUCUUAUAUUUAUUUUAGCUAUUGUUUUAUAUAAUUGUAUUAUAUAUUUAUAAAUUAUUUUAUAUAGUUUAUUUUAUAUAGUUUAGUUUAGCCCAAAUUUUUUUUUACUUUUUGUUUUGUACUUUGUUCAAAUGCUCGUAAAACGAUCAUAACGUAGCAUAAAAGACUAUGGGAACAAAUCUUUAUAAUUACUCAGGCCACUUUGGCGUGAAUUGGUGUCGGUAGGUUUCGGGUGCAUCAAAAAAUGCUUCUCAGAAAACAAAAUUACAUAUUAUUGAAGAGAUUCGACAACAUAUUUGUUUAUAACGUAUCAAAUAAUUAAGAUUUUUUUUACAGCGUGACAAAACUUGUAGACAUUUCGCAGCGUUUAAUUGAAACGGUGUUAUUUUGUCCUAGUUACGAAAAGCAUCUCACAUUGUGAUUGUACAUACAUACAUACAUAUACAUAUAUAUAUAUAUAUAUUUGUAACAAUUCAUACUAUUUUAUUAAAAAAAAAAGACUUGACGGGAAAAAA